AUGCCGUAUCCUAAGGUCAGCAUCCGGUUCUGUACUCGCUGCAAGUGGAACUUGCGAAGCGCCUGGUAUCUGCAGGAGCUUCUCCAGACUUUCGGCGACAGCAUUGGCGAGAUAUCUCUGAUUCCCGGAGAAACUGGCGAGUUUCGGGUCUUAGGCCAGCUAGAUGAGAGUAGCGAGGAGUUCAGCAUUUGGGAUCGCAAGCUUGAGGGUGGAUUUCCCGAUAGUAAGUUUUUGAAGCAGCGGGUCCGUACGCUUUUGUUUCACGAUGAGGUGUCGGUUGGAAAGCAUAUCGAGCGAGCAGGCCAACGGGGGACGCUGGUGAGCCCGGAAGACUGCAGGGCGUGUCAGGACAUCUAA